AUGUAUUUAAAACAUGUUUAUAUUUGUAUUUCAUCAUGUUUCAUUUUAUUUGAUAUAUGUUUUUCAUUGCAUCCUUUAAAGAUGAAAUACAAGAAUGAUAUGAACCAUAUGAAAGGUGUUACAUUUUUUUUGAGUCCUCAAGUAUAUAGGAAAAAUAUUAAAAGAUCCAGAAUAAAAAAUGUUUCUUUAAAAAAAAAAAAAAAGCCUCUCUUUCUUUUUGAGAAUUUAAAGAAGGGCUUUUCUUUCUUAGGAUUGUGGAGAAACAAAUAUGAUCAAAAAUAUAUUGAUGAUGUUACAUCGAACAUAAAUAAUUUAAUAAGAAUUAAGCAAGUUACUCAGAAAAAAAAAAGCAAUGAAUUAACAAUAGAGAAUAUAAAACAAAUUUUAUUACGUUGUGUCUUUUCAAAAAUAGAUUUUAAAAUUAUAAACAGUUUAUCUUAUAUUAUUAAACAUUUUCAAAUGAGCAACACGACGGUGCACUCUAUAUUAAACCAGAUAAGUGAGAAAGUGAAAGAAAAGAAAGAUGCAGAAAAUUAUUUGGCGUUACAUUUAUUUCUUUUGAAGGACGAAAAUAUAACGCUGUUUUCUAUGAUGCAUAUUAUGGAUUUCUUUAAGAGCAAGCAAAAAGUUGUAGAAUGCAUAAGAGAUAUCAAGAAUGAUGACUUGUAUUUCCAUUAUGAUUAUAAUGAAUUAUUAAGAUGUUUUACUAUGAGGUUAAAUAUGGAAAGAAAUAAUAAUAAAAAUAAAAUAAGAAGUAAUUAUGAUAAUAUAAAUAUUGAUAAAGAUAUGGAGAUGAAUAAUAAUAUAGAUGGAAAUAUAAAUAAUAUAUCCUUAGAUGAAAAAAUUAAAGAACAAUUUGAAGAUCCAGACGAUGAAAAUUUAAAAGAAUUAAAAGUUACAUAUGAAGAAUUUCAACUAUUUAAUGAUAAUAUAAUAAAAUAUAUUGAAGAAGAUCAACACUUAUAUAAUAUUAAUAGUAAUAAUAAUAAUAAUAUUAAUAGAAUAAAGAAUAAGAAUAAAAGAAAAGAAAAUAAUAAUAAUGGUUAUAGUGGUUAUAGUGGUGAUAGUGAUAAUAGUGAUGAUAGUGAUGAUAGUGAUUAUUAUGAUGAUUAUGAUUAUGAAAAAGAAGAAGAUCUAGUUAUUCAAAAAAAUAUAGAUGAUUAUAUUUAUAAAAAUACAACAGGAAUGAAUAAAAGCCUUGAAGAAUUUAAAAAUCAGUUUAUUGAACAAGCUGAUAUAGAAUUUAAAAAUUUUCUAAGUAAUGUUAAUCUAGAUCAACAUGGAAAUGUGAAAAGGAAUGAUGGAAAUACAAAAAAUUUAGAUCAUAUAAAAAAUAUAGAUCACAUAAAAAAUUCAGAUCAUAUAAAAAAUAUAGAUCACAUAAAAAAUUCAGAUCACAUAAAAAAUUCAGAUCACAUAAAAAAUAGGAAUACUAUAAAUAAAGAUCAUGAUACAGAUUUAAUACUACAACACCAAAAGGAAGAUAAUAUUUUAAAAAAAGAUAUUGAAAAUAAUAUGACAACUGAUAUAAAUGAUAAUGAAAUAAAUAUGAUCCAAUUAAAAAAGUUAAAUAGAAGUGAUGAAGAUAUUAAUUUAACAAGUGAUUUAAUAUAUGAAAGAAUAAGAACCAAACUUUUAUGGUAUAUACAAAAAAUUGAAUAUCUUAAAUUUAAAUAUCAGUAUGAUAUUAUCAAUGAGCAAUUUCCAAUUAUUAAAAAUGAAAAAACUGUAUUAGAUCUUUUAAAUUAUGGAUAUAAAAUAGUUAUGGCACCAGAUGUAGAUAAUUCUUUAUUUGAAAAAACAAAAAUGGAUGCAUUGCCUAAUGAUAAGGACAAAAAUAAUCAAAUGGAAAACCAAAAGAACAAGAAAUAUUUUUACUUCAAGUGCAAAGAUUGUGAUUAUCACUUAUUCAACACAAGUGAUAAAGAAGAUUCAGAAAAUAUAAGCAUAUGUCCACAAUGCAAAACAAAAGUUUGA